ACAUUUUGUAUUUAUUAUUUUAAUCAUUAUUAAAAAUUCAAAGACCUCAUAUCCAAAUGCUUUGAAAUAAACGUUAAAAUAAAAAAAUAUAUUUGUUAAUUGUGCUCUAGGUCUUCUAUAAAUAACGUAAAAUUCCUACUGGGCCCUUUGUUUAAAAAAAAUAAUGGCAUCAUUUCAUGAGAGGCAAAAAAGUUUGUUUAAUACUUUAAAAGAUGCUGAAGAUCAGUAUAGUUUCUCUAAAUCAAACAAAGUCACUAGAAAUCAGGACUAUGGGGAAAUAGAUAAGCAUCAGUAUAGAAAGUUGAAACGAGAAAUGAAACAGUUCAGAGGCAAAGAGAGUAUAUACAAACGCACAGAAUCUAGUUUAAAAGAUUGUUUACAAAGAGGAAGAAUACCUGAUUAUAUGAAGAAUCCACAAAAGUGGUCCUAUUAUUCACUUUCUGAUGUUACACCAGAUCAAAUGUCAGAUUCCACAAAUGCAGCAACUGCUCUUGCCUUUAUUCAAGAAAUGGAGCAAAGGAAAGAAUCAUUUUCUACCAUUACAGAUGAAACUGGAGCAGUCUUCAAAAAACCUACAUUUCAAAUAUCAAAAACAAUUAAGCCUAAGGUAGAAGAAGAAACUAAAAUUGUUUUCAAAAGUAGUAAGAUUAUAAUGCCAGAGUAUGUUGUUGGUGUCAGUAAGGCAGCAAAGAGUCCUAAGAAAUUACGAAUUAAGAAACCUGAAUCAACAAACACUAUUGAAUUAAAACUUAACCACCUUUAUGAUGAUGAUAAUGAAGAUAUUGAAUAAAAGUAUUCUUAAUU